AUGGUCAUGAGCCCCGCCAACAGAAAACUUCUCCAUGUCGGGACAACAUGCGGCAAUGUCAAGUUCUUGAAUGCCUUCGUUCCCCCGGAAAGUAUUUCCCACAAGUCCUCCAAAAUAUGGAAAUUACUGCAGAAAACUCCACAGCCAGACCUCUCCAUCCUCCUCCAAGACAUCCCGGCCGACCACGAAACCAUGGAGAUAGUCGCCCGAUUCUGCCACGGCUUCGACAUUUCCAUAUCCACCCAAAACGUGGUUAGGGUCGCGUGCGUGGCCCACUACCUUGGCAUGACCGACACCCACUGCCCCGACAACCUCUUCGCCAAGGCCAUCUCCUUCUUCCAGCAGAAUAUACUCACCAGCUGGGCCAACUCCAUCACGGCCCUCAAAUCAGCCGAGCCCGUCCUCCAGCCGGCCCUCCAACUCGGCCUCGUAAACUACUGCGUCGAGUCCCUCAUCUCAAAAGCCCUCGAAAACCCACGCCUCUUAGGCGAGCCCGUCAACGACUCGCCACUGACUUCCGAAGAUGAAGACGACGAUGGCCGCGAAAUCAGGCGAUGCACGAGGAGGAAGCUUUUCAGCACCGAAGACCUGACCUCCCUCUCGUUGAGGCUGUACGCACCCACGCUCCACGCGAUGACUCAGAAAAAAGUCCCCCACGAGUACGUGGCAGCAAGUAUCUGCCAGUACGCGAAAACGUGGCUAUUUGAUGACGAGGCAAAUGCCCGGAAGGAGAUAAUCGAGACUCUGGUUUCUCUCUUGCCUGAUAACCACACAUAUUUAGUCCCUUGCGAUUUCUUAUCCGAAAUGCUGAAAUUCGCGAUCGCGUUGGAUGCGAGCGACGAGUGUAAGAACUAUCUCGAAAUGCGGAUGGGGAAGCAGCUCGAGCAUGCCUCGGUGAACGACCUCUUGAUACCGAGCCUCGGGUACGCGCGGGACGAGAAGUAUGACAUGGAUUGCGUGCGGAGGAUCCUGAAGAAUUUCUACUUCAGCUAUACAGGUGGCGACCCAUCCCCGCUGGCCUCGGUGUCUGAGCUCGUGGAGGAAUUUCUAGCGGAGGUAGCGGGUGACAUAGACCUCAGGACAGGGACAUUUAUGGAGAUUGCUGACAUGGCGGUGGCGGUGGCUUCCGGGGCCCACAGGGGAUCGGAUGGGAUCUACAGGGCAGUGGAUGUGUAUCUGGAGAAGCACAGGCACCUGACGGAGUCGGAGAGGGAGAAGGUGUGCAGGGUUGUGGAGUGGGGGAGGCUGUCGGGGGAGGCGUGCGAGCACGCGGCGAGGAAUGAGAGGCUGCCUGUGAGAGUGGUGGUGCAGGUUCUGUUUGCGGUGCAGCUGAGGCUGAGGGAGGCGAUUCCGAGGGAGGUGGAGAUGGAGAGGAUGGGGAGUAAGGUGUCGGAGCUGGAGAGGGAGUGUCGGGUUAUGAAGACGGAGAUAGAGAGUGGGGUUGGUGGUGGGAAGAGUGGGAAGAGGAAGAGAAUGAGUCUGUGGAGGGAUAUGAAGAGGAAAUUGGGGUGUGUUACUAAUACUAUCAAUGAUUGCAAUUGUCAUGUGAAGAGGAAGAAGGGCUGCUUCUGCCGCCGCGACGGAGGAGGAGGAGGAGGUGCCGUCGGACACCAGAUAUCAAGGCGGCAGACGACAACCAGGAACGGCUCAUCUGCCACCGCGACCCAACGGGUCGCGUCGUCCAGGGAACCUGAGAUGCCCUUGGCGUAUUCCGCCUAA